ACUAUUUUAAGUGCAGAAAGUGUGACAUGGUGUAGCUAGCUCAAAAAGAAUUUUAGUAGCAGUAGCACCGAAACGCCGAUUAAUUACAACCUCCAAAUUGUCCGAAUGGUCCGCGGGUCCGAAAGUCCGAAUUGGUCCGAAUCUUCGGUUAUAAACAGUCGUUUCUCCCGUGUUUAUAUACGAAUCGAUUACAUUAUAAGAACGAAGUGUGCGAUGUAACAACGAUGUUAUUCGACGAGAGUAAUUGCCGAGUGUUUUUAAAGAGAGGGAAAUACAUAAGUAUGUAUGUACGGUAUGUACAUACAUAUAUAUACAGUAUCGGGAUGAUAAGAAAGAUCUCGUAAUAAGGUGACCCUCGAGUCAAAUAACGCAGAUGUAUCUUGAAGAUGGAACUCAAAUGUACAAUUCAAAUGUACGAUUGGGGAAAACGUGGUAUGAACAGUAUUGUCGCGUCUUUGAUAAAAUCAGCCAAUGCCGAUUUCAUAGUGGAUGAGCAGAAGACUUAUGCAGAAUUAUGGAUGGGCACUCACAAGAAUGGUCCAUCGUAUCUUAAGGAUACAGAUGUCCCUCUGCAGAAAUACAUCCAAGAGAAUAUCGAGACGUUAGGUGGCAACGGAGUACAAAUGUUUGGUUCCAACUUGUCUUUCCUCUUUAAAGUCUUGUCUAUAAGUAAAGCUUUGUCCAUUCAAGUACAUCCGGAUAAGAAAAAGGCGAAGGAGCUGCACGAGUUAUAUCCAGAUAUUUACAAAGAUCCGAAUCAUAAACCGGAACUAGCGAUAGCUCUGUGUCCUUUUGAAGCACUAUGCGGAUUCCGUCCACUUGAUGAAAUAAAAGAUUAUCUGAAUAACAUAUCGGAGUUAUUUGCCGUCGUAGGGGAAACCAAUGUUCAUCGCUUAUCUCAAGCAGCUGAUUCUACAAUCAGCGACGCUUUGCAACAGUGUUUUUACAGUCUUAUGACUUGUGAUUCCAAUAAAGUAACACAGCAAUUGAGAAGCUUGAUAGACAGAUUACACAAUACAGAUGAUUCUUAUAGGCAGUGGAUAAAAGCCAAUCUGUUAGAACGUUUGCAUGGGGAUUACCCUGGAGAUGUAGGCUGUUUUGCAAUAUAUCUAUUUAAUUAUGUAACGCUGCAGCCAGGUGAAGCCAUAUACAUUGGACCAAACGUACCUCACGCGUAUCUCUCUGGCGAUUGUAUAGAGUGUAUGGCAUGUUCAGAUAAUGUAAUAAGAGCUGGACUUACACCAAAACUGAAAGAUGUAGAAACUUUAAUCCAAGUAUUGUCAUUUGAAUGCAAAUCGUCUUCUGUGAAAAAGAUUCAACCAUUCCGAGAAGAUACAUUCACCCAAGUUUUUCGUCCGCCAGUUUCAGAAUUUGCAGUUGCUAAAAUCACUUUACCGCCUGGACGACCAUCUUACAGUUUAAAACCGAGAAACUCGCCUAGCAUUCUGUUAAUAGUUGGUGGUAAAGCAAAAAUAUCUUCUAAGAUUUUUUCCCGUGGGUCCGUUUUGUUUAUUCCUGCCAAUGAUGAAGUGGAGAUGAAAGUUUUAUGUGGUUGCCAUCCUAUGCUGAUGUUUCAAGCAUUUUCAAAUGUUUGAGAAUGUGGAUUAAAUCAAACGUUGAUAAUAUGCUUGUGAAGUGCCAAAUAUGGUUAACAUUUUAAAGCAGUUUAUACAUGAAAUUUUCUGUACGCAUAAUGAUGUUAAAUUUUCUAAUUACUUGCUAAUGUACAUGAUUUUCUCGAGAGUACAUGAAAAACGUUAUCUUGAGAAGCACAGUUAUGAACUGUACAUUAUCUAGAAACUUAUUUAUACAAUAACUAUAUUAUAUAAAACAUGUGGCAGAGUAUCGGCAUAAAUCAUGCCGCAGAGUGAUGUGCGCCAAUGAUCCGGGUUCUAAUCCAACCAAAAAUUCGUCAAUUGCGACGAUCGUCACCUCUCGGAUGGUGAUGGCAAUCCACUGAAAGUAUCUUGUCACGAGAACCUCUCUGUAUUUAGAGAGAAAACCCUCAAGGUUGGGGAUUGGACGGUAGGCUGACAACCUACUUUCAGAAAACAAAUCAUGUCUCAAAACCUUAAAAGAUUUGAGGAGGCCCGGGACCUACUUGGACUGUAGCAUUGAUUGAUCGAUUGAUAUUAUAUAAAACAUUAUUCGAUGAAGUUUAUUAAUAAA